UCAAUAAUGUAAUGUGUGCACUGUGCAUAAUAAUAAUAAUGUAAUCUACAUAUUUAAUAUCUAUCUAUAUAGGAUAUUAUAUUGUAAUAUUGUUCGGUGGCGUCUGGUGGUGACUGUUGAACGUUUUUUUAUUUUUGUUUAAUUAUUAAUUUAUCUAUCCCCUCUCAUUAUAUUCACGCCGACUGGCCGACUACGAAUCAAUUAAACUUGGUGGGGAUAUCACGAACGGCGGACCGCGCUAUAAUAAAUCAUUUAAAACUCAGUCUUCGAAUUUCCUACAUUCACGACAUACGUUGUGAGCGGUUGUAGAAGUAAGUGCCGCAGUGAUAUGUUCAAGAAGGACCUUUAAAGCUCUCUUACAUUACUUUGAGCAAGUGGAAGCACAAACACACCCACACGACAUCAUGAGCGAUUCCGUGGCUUUGCCGCCUUUGGUCAAGUUUUUCAACGGUGGACUAUCCGCGACUGUGGCCACCGUCAUAGUGCAUCCGUUGGACGUGCUAAAGAACCGAAUGCAGAUGGCUGGACGCGACGUCACUGCCACUGAAGCACAAAAAUCCAUGGGCGGUAUAGUCCGUUCUAUGAUUAAAGAGAAGGGCGUGACAGCAUUUUAUCCUGGAUUGUCCGCCGGCAUCCUCAGACAAGCUACGUACUCGACCACGCGGUUAGGCAUGUACAACUCGUUGUUCACAAUUAUGACCGGAGAAGACAACAAACCGCCUAACUUAUUGAUGAAACUGGGUUUGGCCUCGAUAUCUGGAGUGACUGGCGCUGCUGUCGGUACUCCGGCUGAAGUAGCUCUCAUCCGGAUGACAUCAGACGGACAAUUGCCAUUGUCUGAAAGACGUGGUUAUACUAGUGUGUUCAACGCAUUAGCCAGGAUUGCGAGGGAAGAAGGUAUUGCUACAUGGUGGAGAGGAUGUAUUGCCACAAUGGGAAGGGCAGCUGUUGUCAAUAUGGCUCAACUUGCAUCAUAUUCUCAAUCUAAAGAAAUUUACCUUAGGAGUGGUUAUUUCAAAGAUAAUAUUGUAUUGCAUUUUGCUUCAUCUAUGACCUCCGGUGCCAUUACAACUGUAGCCUCACUGCCAGUGGAUAUUGCCAAAACUAGAAUCCAAAGCAUGAAAAUCAUUGAUGGAGUACCGGAAUAUACUGGCACAAUAAAUGCAAUGGUGAAAGUAGUGAAGAAUGAAGGUUUCUUCAAUUUGUGGAAAGGCAUUGUGCCAUAUUUUGCUAGAAUUGGACCUCAUACUGUAUUGACAUUUAUAGCUUUAGAAAAGUUCAAUGAAGCAUAUAAAGUUGCCGUGUACGAACGUCAGUCAAAAAAAUAAAUAUUACAAUAGUUAUUGACUAAAUAAUUUAUUCAUACAUUCUUACAAUUUAUAAUUUGUUUUUGUUUAGUUUUACUUAUGUUAAAUAUUCUGUUUAUUAUUUUUUUUUUUAUGUUUAUCAUUGUUAAAAGUGAAUGUUUUCCCCAAUAUUAAUUUAAUUUAAUGUCUUGUAGAAAUCUAAAAUAUAUAAUAUAUUAAGAUUUAAGACUGUAAUAAAAUAUAUUAUGUACCUAAUAAGAACAAUUAGGAAUGAGCAAAUACAUAGUAUAGAUUGAAUAUGGUAAAAUAUUUUAUGAAUCUUAACUGGCUGAAGAAAGUUUUUCUAAAUGACGAACUGCAUCCUUUAACUUAAACACUAGUUCUUGAAGUUCUUGUGUACUGCAGACGAAGUCAAUGUAUUUUAUUGUACCAUUGUCUAUUGUCUUCAGCCGCACUUUGUAUAAGAAUUCAGAUACAUCGUCAAAAACACUAGACUAAAAACAAAUACUUUUAUUGUUAUUGUAAUAAUUAGUAAACUAAUGUUAAGGUUUAUAAGCACAUCACAUUGUUUAUCAAGUUAUAUGUAUAUUGUAUAUAUUUAGAUAGUAUAAUUUAAAGACGACUGGCAUAUAAUGUGCAUAUAAGCUGCUUUAUAGUGAUAUGUAACACGACAAUAAUUUUAAAAUAGAUUAAA